CGUCAUUCCUUCAUCCUCCAUAACCAGAGACGACUCGACACUUGAGAGUUGAGAAAUUCCUCUUUUCAGCGGAAACAAACCUUACCGGUACUCAAAUUUUAUUAGUGGCAUUAGAUUCCGGUCAGCGGCAGAUGGUGAAACCUACCGCCGAAGGAAAAUCUUCCGAUAGAACUGGUUCUCAGUAUAAGGGUGUAAGAAAGAGAAAAUGGGGAAAAUGGGUUUCAGAAAUUCGGCUACCCAACAGCCGGGAGAGGAUUUGGUUGGGAUCCUAUGACACCGCCGAGAAGGCCGCUCGGGCCUUCGACGCUGCCCUCUUUUGCUUACGCGGUCGCAAUGCCAAGUUCAAUUUCCCAGAAAACCCACCGGAGAUUCCUCGUGGUAGAUCUCUCACACCGCCGGAAAUUCAAGCUGCUGCGGCUCGGUUUGCGAAUGAAGACCCACAGAAUAAGGAGCCCUCCGAUCAUUUACCGACGGAGACCACGCUGGAAUACCCCUCGCCUUCAUCGGUCUCUGAUGGACCAGUCCCCGCGGAUAGCGAUGUUUCCAUCGACUGGUCCUUCUUCGACAUGUUUCUAGUGGGAUCCGAAGAUAGCGUGUCGGAUUUCGGAGUUUUUUCUGGGUUUGACGAUUAUUCGGCCGACUAUUUUCCCUCGUCACUGGAUUCCUUGGAUUAUGGGGAAGAGAUCAGUAAUGGGGAUUAUAAUCAACAGUCCUUCCUUUGGAAUUUUUAGAAGUUGCAACCACUCACCAAUGGAAGGGAGUUGAGUUCCUGGUUAGUGUCAGAAUUCUGGAGUUUUUAGUUGCCGGAGUUGCUGACUUUAGACUUAUGCUCGACUCGAGAAAGUUGAUUCGAGCAUCGGAUGACCCAGUUCCUUUUUUUCCUCACGAAGUCAUCCUCCUAUUUGUUUCGGUAUGGCACAUAUAUGCUCGUGCCAUACUUAAUUGCUCUCUGUAGUUUUUAAGUAUUAAAUUCUCAAACCGUCAAACCUAUUGUAUAUUAUGUAACACUUCAUUCUUAGCCAAUUUAAUUCAUUCAAUUAAUUUUGCCUAUA